GGAUGAGGGUGAAGAAGAUGAUGCUAGCAAUGGAUCGGAUGAGGGUGAAGAAACUGAUGCUACCAAUGGAUCAGAUGAGGGUGAAGAAGAUCAUGGUGCUGAUAUAUCGGAUGAGGGUGAAGAAGAUGAUGAUACCAAUGCAUCAGAUGAGGGUGAAGAAGAUGACGCUACCAAUGUAUUUAUUGUUAUUGAUCCAACAUACAUGGGGGGUAGAAGGUGUGGCAUAUGUGGGGGUUCAAGAAGGACUGGCCAUACACGGAUCCCAGUGCCCCAGAGAGCGCAACUAAACUUGGCAUACUCGCAUCGCCUAAUUUUGAAACCAGGGGUAAAUGUAUGUAGUGAACAUUUGAUAAAUGAUGCCGUCAAACACGAUGUUCAUGUUAAUAGCCAUUAUGACUUUCAUCAGAAGGG